GUGCUUCUAUUCCCUAUUCUUCUUCUUUUUCCUUGCGUUGGAAGAUACCCUUUUGUAGCAUUGUCUCAAAAGUAUCAAACUCGUCUUUUUAUCUGUCACUAUAUCAUUACUUCUUACGAGAUUCCACUCCAUUCUUUCAGUUUCUAAGAGAACUACAACACCAGUUUCAUAAGUUGUUGUUUGAGCGCAAUCAAGGUCGGGUAAAAAACAUUCUUCACGUAUGGCUCAGUCACCGCCUUAUUAUAACCGAUUUCCUCAGACUCCAAACUCAACUAAGAAGGGACGUAGUGGCUAUGAGCCAUCGGACACUGAGACCGAGUGGCAAGAGAUUCCACGCCACGAACGAGAAAGAAGAAACUUCAUUCUACAACGGAACAAGAGCCCCAUGGCACCACACAGGAGGCACCCUUCCAGGGUUGAACAUGAAAUCUCAUCAGCUUCAACAACUUCAGCUCCACGUAGAAGACACAAUAGCAAAUCACCCUAUAAGCUCCACGUAGCAGAAGAUGUUGCUGCUUCAUCAUCGCCCGUAACAGGUUUGGAUACACGAAGAAAUAUCAGUCCCUUGCCGAGACCUGACCUUGGAAGAACUUUGUCCCCUUUCAGGGAGCAAAGAACUGAGAAGCCACACUACAAGAGAUCAGUGACUGCUCCCAGGUUGAGGAUUCAAGAGAGCAACCAUGGAGGGAUAAUCAAUGACACUGUUCUAAAGCAAAGAGAAGCUUCUCCUUUCAAAGCGCCUUCGGUUGGAAAAAUCAACGAAAUGAUAGCCCAGGUGAAGCUAUCCAAUGAUCCCAGAAGUGAUUAUUCAUCGGUGCUUGAAAGCACUGAUUCCAUUCAACCCGGUGACCUUUUCUUUUCUCGUGAAUGCAAUGCCUAUGAAGGGAGGAAUUCUUCGUUGCCGAAACGCAUCCAACAGAGUGAGUAUUUCGGUCCAAUGCCAACGGUGAACUCCGCGAGAACACCAUCUGAAAGCAAAGGAAAUAACGGUGAUCUUAACAUGAAUAUGAAUAUGUUGUCUCAAUCAACCACGGGUUUGAGUUCUGCUGCCACGAGUAGAAAGGGAAGUGUCACUGGUAAGACAAGUAGUGUAACAAGCGAGGGUAGUGGAAAGACGACCGCAAGCAUGAGGAAAUUCACAGCUAACAGAAAAAAGAACCAGAAAGAUACAUGGUUUGCUUGCAUGAGAACAGGUAACUGUAGAACCACUAGAAAAUCUCCUGAACGUCGACCCAUUGACGAAUCUUCUUACAUUGAGAGAGCAGUGGUAGUGGAAAGCCUCCCACAAUUCUUGGCAGAUAAGCACCAACCUGCUUCCCUUAAUGGCUUCAUUUGCAACAGACAAGAAGCUCAACUUCUGAAGGAAUUGGUGUCUCAUGGCUCUUGCCCUCAUAUUCUGCUCAAAGGACCCUCUGGUUCCGGAAAAAGAGAGCUAGCGAUGGCUCUUCUUAGAGAAAUAUAUGGUGAUGCAUGUUAUAAUCUGUCUCAUGAUUUAAGACACUUCCCUAUUCAGGACCAAAGGCUUAAGAAAGUCUCUGUACCCAUAACAUCCAGUCCUCAUCACAUGGAGCUUGAUGUAAAUUCAGAACCAAAUGCUAAAUAUGCUUUAAUGGGACUAAUCAAAGAAAUAAGCAAUAUAUAUGCUAUUGCCCCUGAAGUAAGCAAUAUUAAUUUCAAGUCAGAUUUUAAAGUAAUAGUUCUUUAUGAUGUCCACAAAGCUGUAGAUAACAUUCAGCACAUUAUCAAAUGGAUAGUAGACCGCUAUUCUGAUAUAUGCAAAUUAGUACUCUGCUGUGAAGAUGAUGCAGACAUCAUUGAUGCUGUGAAAAAUCGGUUCAAAACGGUACAAGUUGAUGCUCCUCAAACUCACGAAGUUGUUGAGGUUCUUAUGCAGAUAGCAAAGAAUGAGAAAUUUGAUCUGUCCAUGAACUUUGCUGCGAAGAUUGCUACAAAAUCUAAGCAGAACCUCAGAAAAGCAAUCAUGGCUCUGGAAGCAUGCAAAGCACACAACUAUCCAUUUUCAGAAGAACAACCAAUUUCAGUUGUAUGGGAGGAGAUCGUAAUAGAAGUUGCCACAGAGAUCCUAGCUGAUCCAUCAUAUUCACGGUUACUCUCAGUUCGAGGGAAAUUUCAAAUGCUUCUCUUGGAUUUUGUCCAGCCGAAAUUGAUUCUCCUGAAACUCGUAGAACAUCUCUUAAAAAGAAUUGAUGCCAGCUUAAAGAGGGAGCUAUACUACUGGCAUGCCUAUUAUGACAGAAGACUCCCACCAGGAAUAACAGCUUUACUAAAGUUAGAAGAAUUUGUGGCCAAGUUCAUGAGCAUGUACAGAAAAAACUCUGGCAAUCGGCAAUAUGUGUAGGUUAACUUGGAUGUCAUUACAGGAUGAAUUCUCACUCAGAAAAUUAAGAAUGUCAAUAUCAUACGAACAGCACUGAUAACGUCUUAGUUGAAGAACGUGAUUCCUUUUGAACCCUGUCAAAAGAAAAAUAUUUUAGUAGAGAUCAGAAA